AUCGAUAGUGACUUUCUCGUAACACAUGUUUAGCAGGAUGACUAACAAACGUAACAUCAAGGUCUGGAUCUGCAUGUUAUGCAUGGCUACCUCAAUGGCCUAUCCAGCACAGAAUCCUGUACAGCUGGACAUCAUCGAUAUGGCUGCUAUCAGUAGGAUGUCACCGCAGCAGUUAGAACUAUUAGCUGAGGGGCUAGCGGCAGAGGAAAUUAUGAGAACAAAACGAUCAUCCGCCAAAGCGUUAACAUCAGCUGUAGUAUCCAAAGCCUCAUCAGGAUUGCAGAGUAAAGUUGGUUUUCUCAGCCAGGCAUCCGCUGGUGCCGCGUCUUUCAUAGCGUCAGCAUCCAGCAAGACCGGCCACUCUGCUGACACGGGAUAUUCAUAUGAACCGCAUAGCGAAAAAGUGGAUUACUGGGGCUUGAAAAAAUCUAUCCUAUACACUCUCUUCCAAGCCGUAAAAGCUAUCACUGGCGGUGUUACUAUCCUGAAGGGCCAGCUUAUUAAGGGAGGUGGAGCCUUAGCAGCCACUUUGGGCAAAGUGAUAUCAUCAAAGGGUGAUACUGUCAGCAACAUUGGAAAGAAGAUCGUCAGCUCAGCGGCUUUGAGUCCUAAGAAACCAGUUUCCACAGCUGUCUACGGUCCUCCUCCCACACAUAUCGAGUACGGUCCACCGAGCGCGUACGGCGCCACCGCACCCGCUGCGUACGCGCACACAGGACCCUCUGCACCCACGGGAUUCGCUGCACACAAAUACCCUUCACAAUUAGAUGAAUACAUAGUGAUGUCAUCCGUAGUAGACGAUGACGUGUUAUCAGAGCCAUUUCACUCGAUACCAUUUCCUCUGGAAGAGCUUCCGUAUCUAAAUUACGAUUUAGUAGAUUACAUCUUGUGCUUUAACACAGGAAGGGGAAAACUGAAUGGCUUGCACGCUGGACUGGUGAUACUAACACCUGUAGGAGAUGUCGCACACAGCGAGUCUCAACAUGCAACACAUCAACACCAAGGAUACACCGCAUUAGACCCACCACCAUCAAUACUAAAUACUGUAUUUAGUGCAGUCAAAGACGUAUUUACAUCAGCAGCACCCAUCCACGCAGAUAAUACAGCUGUAAUCGAUCAAAUGCCGCCACCACCGCAAUCAUUCCCACCGUUCAAACCAAUGUCUUGGGGUGCUGUAAAUUCUUAUGGAGAACCUGCUAUGGCAGACAGUUAUACAGAUUACGACCCAAGGCACACAUAUUCUUACGACCACGCCUCAUCUAAGCACUCAGUAGUACCAGCAGCCCAUAAACACGAAGGUUUAACAUCAGCUAAAAUCCAAAAAAUUAACGCUAAUCUAGCGAAAGUUAACGCAUAUUUAAAUGAGAACCAGAGGUCGUCAGAAGAUCUUCCGAGAUUUAACAAUCAGUAUGCAGAAAUGCUUAAGAAGGGCGUCGUUUCUCUACUACCGACUCCGGUUGUGAGUGAUAAUGAGAUCGGUGUGCUUCCGGCUGAACUACUACCAGCCAUUGACGACUACAAGUACAACGACUACGAUUAGAACAACAACGAAGACGACGACUACACCAAAGACUGA